AUGUCGGUACCUCAAGUUGAUCCAAUACCUGAUGGCUGGGAAAUGCGUCUGGAUGAAACGACACAAACCUAUUACUUUAUAGAUCAUAAAAAUCAACUUACACAAUGGCAGCACCCAGUCAAUAAGCUUAUAUAUCGGCCGGCUCGUUCACAGCCCCAAGUUACCUUGAACGGUCAUCAGUCUACGCCUAUUGCCAUUAACAGGCAACCCAUCCUCAAUGUCAAAAAUGUGCGUAGUCAAUUUCAUCCGACCUCCGCCCCCGUCGAAGCAGAUAUCAGGAUUCCCACUCCUUCGGUUAUACCUGAUUCAAAGUCUUCUGAAGAAUCAGUUCAACCAUCAAAUGUUCAGGAAAAGGUUGAGGAAGCUGAUGGUGACAUUUCACUCAUUACCAAGGUCCUUGAGAAAGCUAGGCCUGUGAUCGGGGAGGUGGAUACGUUUAAGGGUACCGUAGGUGAUAAAAAUUAUUUACGAUUGAUGGAGACCUUGGAAGUGCUUAUUCUGGAGCUGGAUGGCAUCGGCGUAGACGGUCAGGACAACGUUCGUACAGCAAGACGUGCAGCAGUGCGAGAGAUUCAGCAAGCUAUUGAGAUACUAGAAUUUCGUGGUUCGGUAAACACGGUUGAAGAUACCUCCUCCAAUAACGCGGAAGCUUGCGAAGCUCCUCCUCCCUCUUCAUCUCCCCCACCGGAAAGCAAUACUUAA